AGGCCAGCCUGGUCUACAAAUCGAGUUCCAGGACAGCUUCCAAGACAAUACAGAGAAACCCUGUCUCGGGAAGAAAACAAAACAAAGCAAAACAAAACUGUCUUCACUUCCACCAAUAGGAUCUAGGUUCCAUAUCCUAGCCCCCACAUGAUGGUGUCUGUAACUCCAGUUCCAGGGGAUCUGAUGCCCUCUUCUUGUUUCCACGGGCACCAGAUACACACGCAGUACACUGACAUCUAUGCAGUCGAAGCAACCGUACACGUUAUUUUACAAAGUUAAAAAUGACAGCACAAUUGUGGUGUUCUUCCAGUUCCUCAGUUUCACCGACCCAGCCUUUAGGAUAGUGCUCUGUAUAGCUCAGGGACUGGACGGCCCAAACUACCUCAGAAGGCUCCUGGCGUGAAAACGGAUGGAGGAAGGAGUGGGCCUGAUGUCACCUAGAGAGACACACCUAUCUCCAAGUGGAUUGGGCUCUUGUCCUUGAGUGGGCACAUCAGCAUCUUUCCUAAAGACUUUCUCCAUCAUUCCGAGAAAGACUGGCCCUCUUCUGUGGUGUGUUCCUUCUGUGGACUACUAGUAUUGGGACACCCUACUGUGCUGGGCGUGGUCUAAUAUUGUUUUGCAUGGAUUCCAAAGGUUUCUUCCUUUCCCACUUGGAUAAGGCCACUCAUUGAUCUACCCUCUCUCGACUCCUCCUAGCUCCUGGCCACUGAACUGCGUCCUAUCUGUUCUAUCUUACUAUGAGAAAAACCAGGUCCAGGAUUGCCUGGCUGAGCCAUCCAUCCCCCCUGCAGAGGCAGCCUGGCUCUGUUCCCGGGGCUCAGGGCCCAGCAGGGGCGUAUCCCCUCCCUUACCUGCCAUUGGCCAGGUGGGACUGCCCUGCCUGAGGAUUAUAAGUGCUGAGCUCGGGGGCCUGAGAGCCAGGCACAGGUCAGGAUGGUGGACAGCAUUUACCGUACCCGCUCCCUGGGGGUGGCAGCAGAAGGACUCCCGGACCAGUAUGCAGACGGAGAGGCCGCACGGGUGUGGCAGCUGUACAUCGGGGACACUCGCAGCCGCACCGCAGAGUACAAGGCGUGGCUGCUUGGGCUGCUGCGCCAGCAUGGUUGCCAUCGGGUGUUGGACGUGGCCUGUGGUACAGGAGUGGACUCCAUCAUGCUGGUGGAAGAGGGCUUCAGUGUGACGAGCGUGGAUGCCAGUGACAAGAUGCUGAAGUACGCCCUGAAGGAGCGCUGGAACAGGAGGAGGGAGCCGGCCUUUGACAAGUGGGUCAUUGAAGAAGCCAACUGGCUGACUCUGGACAAAGAUGUGCCAGCAGGAGAUGGUUUUGAUGCUGUCAUCUGCCUCGGGAACAGUUUUGCUCACUUGCCAGACUGCAAAGGUGACCAGAGCGAGCACAGGCUGGCGCUCAAGAACAUUGCCAGCAUGGUGCGGCCUGGGGGCCUGCUGGUCAUCGAUCACCGCAACUACGACCACAUCCUCAGCACGGGCUGUGCUCCCCCAGGAAAGAACAUCUACUAUAAGAGUGACCUGACCAAGGACAUCACAACGUCAGUGCUGGCCGUGAACAACAAAGUCCACAUGGUAACCCUGGACUACACAGUGCAGGUGCCAGGCUCAGGCAGAGAUGGCUCUCCUGGCUUCAGUAAGUUCCGGCUCUCUUACUACCCACACUGUUUGGCAUCCUUCACGGAGUUGCUCCAAGCAGCCUUCGGGGGCAAGUGCCAACACAGCGUCCUGGGCGACUUCAAGCCUUACAAGCCCGGCCAGGCCUACAUUCCCUGCUAUUUCAUCCACGUGCUCAAGAAGACCACCUGAAGGCGGCUUUGGCUCCGAUAAGCCCCCUGCCCAGGCAACGGCAACCUCUGGGGUGGGACUAACUCAUGUCCUCACCACAAGACCAACUCUUAACACGGAUGCUGCGGCUGGGUGCAGGGAUUUGGGAGCAGGCAAGUGGGGAUCUGCAAUACAGUCUGUGCCUUUUUCAA